GCCAUCCUGAAACGGAGCACACACGCCACAAAAUCAACAGCACGCGCGUGUCACUCGCGGGUUCGUCAGUGUCCGAGCGGAGUGACCCGUAGGGCUCAAUAAAAAGCAUCCAACCAGUGGGUCGGUGGCUCUAGUUGCGAACAAAACGUGUAACCUGCUGGAGGUGACGAAGGGCCACGUGUUUUUUAUGUGGGAAUAGUGUUUAUUUUUGUUUAGUUUUUGCGAAAUUUACCAGUGAGUGUACCAGUGUGUAGGAGAAACGGUUCCACCAUGGCGAUGGCUUCAAUUCUUCCCGCAUCUUCUGGCGUAGGUGCAGAAAGUGAUCGUGUUCUCAAAUCCAUGGAUGCCAAUCGGUACGCGACGAAGAAAACCAUUGCCCAGGGCAUGCUGGACAUUGCGCUACUAACGGCCAACGCAUCGCAGCUGAAGUACAUCCUGCAGGUGGGCGAAAAGCACGAGUUCUACGGUCUGAUGCUGACGCUAAUCAGCAUCUCGAUCAUACUGCAGGUCAUCAUGGGAGUGUUAAAUCUAAGUCUCAGCCUGAUGCGCGACUGUCGACUGCAUUUACCCGAAUAUCAUCGAUCGGCCAACGUGAUCAAUUACAUCGUCACCGGUGCUGCGGUACUGGUUGCCAUGGUGAACUUAAUGAUAUCCGCCUUCGAUCCAAAGAUUCUGAAGUAUACGCUCGAAUAAAAUCGUACCAUUUCUCAUGGGGCGUAGCGUGUAUAUCCGUAUAUCCGUGACUUUUUCUUCCCCGCCAAGCCGAUUAUUGGUCAAUCGGUCAAGCGUUUGAUGUACUGCAUAUCAAGCAGAUUGUGUUCUUCCCUCGAGGGAGAUUCCUAAUUAUCUUGCGUUUGGACAAAGGCCUAGCUAUCCCUACGUCAUAGUGUGACGAACGUGACUAUUGCGUGAGAUGAUUAGAAGUUCUAUUCAAUUGAUUUGCUAUCGAUUUUUCAUGGAAAUCGUGGUGUUAUUUGAUACUGUGUUGCUUUGUGUCUUUAGGACUACUUUUGGGCAAGAGAUGUUCUGCUCCGGUAGUAUUUGUGUAACACAAUAGCGCGUUUUAGGCUACUACAACACGUGACCGGAAAUGUGGAAGAUCCGACACCACGUAUGUCAUUGCCACAACCAUCGCACGGCCUCAUUAUCACCUCCUUCCCUUCCACCCUAGCAAUCAUCACUUCCUUUCCCGCAAAUAACCCCUAACACCCCAUCUCCUUCACCGAAACAUGCUUUAUGUUUCCCCAUCUCUCUCUCUCUUUGUCAUCUCUCUGUAUUCCUGCAGAUGCUUGUCGGCAUACUGUUUGUGGUGAUCGGUAGCUUAAACAUCAACCGCAAACCGGACCAAACGGCCGCCAUCGUACUGAACGAUGUUAUCCUG